GGGGCGGGGCCAGUUCCCGGCGUCCCGCGGCGGCUGCAGCGGAGCCGGUGCGGUGCUCGGUUGCCCUUCUGUCCGUCCGUCCGUCCGUCCGUCCUGCCCGCCCGCCCCCAUGGAGCUGCUGUGCGUGGAAGCCGUGCCCCGCGUGCCCCGCGCCGGGCGCGACCCGCAGCUCCUGGGGGACCGGCGGGUGCUGCAAAACCUGCUGAGCCAGGAGGAACGCUACAGCCCCCGCGUCUCCUACUUCCAGUGCGUGCAGCGGGAGAUCAAGCCCUACAUGAGGAAGAUGCUGGCUUUCUGGAUGCUGGAGGUGUGCGAGGAGCAGAAGUGUGAAGAAGAGGUCUUCCCCUUGGCCAUGAAUUAUGUGGAUCGCUACCUGUCAACAGUCAGCAUGCGGAAAAAUCACUUGCAGCUCCUGGGAGCAGUCUGCAUGCUCCUGGCUUCCAAGCUGCGAGAAACCAUGCCCCUGACCGUGGAGAAACUCUGCAUUUACACAGACAACUCCAUCACGCCUCAGCAGCUCCUGGACUGGGAGGUUCUAGUCCUGGAGAAGCUAAAGUGGGACCUGGUCUCAGUGAUAGCAAAUGAUUUCUUGGCUCACAUCCUGCAUCACCUCCCGCUGCCUAAGGACAAAAUGGAGCUGGUGAAGAAACAUGCACAGACCUUUAUCGCCCUGUGUGCCACAGACCACACUUUUGCCAUGUACCCCCCCUCCAUGAUUGCGACAGGCAGCAUCGGAGCGGCGAUCCACGGCCUGACGGUCUCCGUGAACAAUUUCACCGGCGAGGCGAUCACCGAGCUGCUGGCCAGCAUCACUGGCACGGAGGUGGACUGCCUGAAAGCCUGUCAGGAGCAGAUUGAGGCAGCCUUAGCCGAGAGCCUGAAACAGGCAUCCCAAACCCAACAGGAAUACAGCACUGCCAAGACUGCCGCUUACCUGGCCAGCCAGCCCACCAGCACCCCGACAGACGUCACGGACAUCAACCUGUGACCGGCCUCCCCUUCCCGAGAGCCGCCCGGCCCCGCCGCAGCAGGACCUCGCCCUGGACACUGAAAGGUCGCUGCAUCCCACCUACCCAUCCGUCAGCCCCCUCCAUCUGACGCCUGCGGGGGAUUUGUUCUGCUCACUGGGAGCGCAGAGCAGGAUCCGUGCUCGUCCGUCGGGAGCGGGCAGCCAGGCUGGCGGAGCUCGGCACUUGCUCGUCACCUUCUGGAGGUGGCUGGGGUGAAGCGACCGUUUUCUUGGUGGCAGGGCACAAGAAUAGCAGGGGAGGGGGAGCAAGACCCAAAAUGAAGUUGUAAAACAUUUCAGUUCACGUUCCUCGUAGCCCGGCUGGGCCGUUCGCCGUCUCCUCGUGGGUGUUUACCGGGACGACUUCCAGCCCUGCGUGGGCCAUCAAUCAUGGAGAGCGAGCCUCGUACCCCCACCUGCGCGACCAAAACCCUUCUAACCCCCAGGUCCCCUCCCCGGGCCGGGCUGCCACAGGCCCGCGCGGCUCGCGGGGAGAACCGAGUGUCCGGCGGAGGGAGCCGGUUGCUUUUUGGCCCCUCGGUCCCAAUUGCUUCAUGCCCGAUCGCUGUGGCUCCUGGGGGGGUGGCAUGGCUGCUUCUGCUUGGGGUGGGGUGGGGCAGGUGGCUUGUUUCUCGUUGCUGUUAGAUUUGGGAUUUGUGGGUUUUUGGCUUGCUUGGGGGCACGCGCGCUCCGUCUGUGUGGAGAGCGGACGUCCUCGCCUCGGGGAGCAGCCUCCUGGGCGAGGUUCGGGCGCGAUCCCCUUGGCUUUCCGCUGCCCCACUGAGGCUGCUUAAUUUAUUGUUAACUGCUGGGAAAUGGGGAGGGAGGAAGACUGUGCAGUUCCUUGGUGUGGGGCCUGGCUGCUGGUCUCCUCUCCCUCCGAAAGAGUGCCUUCACCCUCCGUCCCCUUCCGUAGCUCCCUGGGCAAUGGGAGACUCUCACUUGGAAGCUGGUUGGGGUUUUUUUUAUUUUUUUUAGGUAGCUUAGAUAUGAGACUAGGUUUUCAGAAAUACAUUUGAAUGUGCUGCUAUAGUCUGAAAUGCAUCUUCGCUCCUCCAAGGCAGGGAUCUCGGAUCACGUUCAGGAGGGGGCUGUGUUGCAUAAAUAUCCACGUGGGUCCAAGUUGCAUCCUCAUGGGGUGGAAAAUUUGCUGCGUACUUGAGUUGAAAAGCGAUUAUUGCAUUUUUUUGUAUUGUUGUUGUUGAUCCUGUCUGUUAGUUUUUAUAAAGAGUGUUUUAAAAAAAUAAUAAUGCUGCUUUUCUAAGAGAAAAACCAUUAAAGAGUAGAUUUGUAUUAACCAGGAGAAGCCCGAAAGACUCCGCAGGGACAGGAGGCAGGAUGUCGCUGCUUGGUGACCUCUGGACAUGUGGAUCUGUGGCUGUCGUCCUCCCGGGGGGGAUGUGGAAAAGGAGGUAGAAACCUUCCUUGGUUUUUGUUUUUUAUUUUUGGAUGCCACUAGAAACAAGUCUUAUCAGAUGGAAAAAGAUGGGGCUGCUGUUCUUCCACUAGCCUGAUUUGUCAAGAAGAGGCAUCCGCUGCCGACUCCUGCUAGCAGGAGGGCUGGGGGUGUGCAAAGCUCACCUGAACAAAUAAUUCUUUUUUUAUAUAUAAAUGAGUUUUAAUUUAAGAGUAAACUGGUUUCACGUUCACAUGCAAGAGUCCCGCUGCUGGGAGAAUCAGAGGACGAUAUGAUGUUGCAAUAAAGUAUUUUAAACGAGUA